AUUUUCAUGGGUUCUCUUCCCUUUUCCCUUGUCCAGAUCUCGAGACCCUUUUGCCUCCUGAUCUCUCAUCUACCGUUCUGUGAUAUUGACAUUUGUUCAAUAGUCAUUUAAUUCGCCGGGGGCACAUUCCCAAACCUUUUUCAACUCAACCCCCAAUCGCCUGUUCACUGCACCUUCUUCUCCUCUUUGUUCGUUCUUCUCUCGCUUCAUUUCCUCCGCCAUUGUCUCCUUCUCUCUCUCUGUUUCGUUUUACAAUAUACAGAGCACUUAGAGCAAAGCUGAAGCGUAAAAACCCAACCUUUUUGUUUGUUUAUAUUAUCAUCUCAGCUGCCCGUGUGGGGAAGAAGAAGAAGAAAAAUGUUGACUUCCCCUCCAAUUUUGAUGAGGUGUUAGCUUAGCUCAUUAAGCCCAGCAAUUACGGGGAGGUCGGUGCCACAAAAUCGGACGAGCUUUCGAUUAGUUGCUUUGCAUGGAAACCAAGGUUGUGGAGAAGUGCUAAUCUCUCAGGAAGUUGGAAGUGAUCAAAUGUCGUUAGGAGAGGGAUUUGGGUUUGAGAUUUGGAUGAGUGAGCCUCAGAGUGUUGAGAGAAGGCGCCAAAAUUUCAUGUCCCAAAUGGGUCUUUCAAAUGAUGUGAGUAGCUCUUCAAUGAGCUGCAAUGGCGGUGAGGAAGAAAUUGGUGGGUUGGAGUUGUUGGAGAGGGUUUCUGAGAGCAGUAAUGCUGAAUGUUCGUCGAGUUCUUGCACCGAUGGAGAUGAGAUAAGUAGUUUGGUUUGUUUUGGGAGGGAGAGUUGUUCUGAAGCUAAUUCCAUGGUUGAUGAUGAUUUGGAAGAAGAGGAGGAGGAGGAAGAGUUCAUGGGAAGGAAACCAGGUAGUGGGAGCGAGAGCUUGGAAGGAGAGGUUUCGACAUCUCAGAAAGGGAAUGUCGAGAAGAUGAAGAGACGGUGGAGCUGGAAGCAGUUCGUGAACAACAAGAAGAGGGAUGAUCAAGAGGUUAUUAGUAGUGACUUGGUUUCCAAGGCAAGCAGCAGAUUGGCCAAAGUGAAGUGCAACAAGAAGAAGUACAUGGAGCUGAGUGGGUUGUUUGUAGAGCAAGAAAUCCAAGCUCACAAGGGAUUCAUUUGGACAAUGAAGUUCAGCCCUGAUGGCAAGUACUUGGCAACUGGCGGUGAAGAUGGCAUCAUUCGAAUUUGGCAAGUUGGAACAACUCCUGCUGAUUCCAAGCUUCCCGGGGCUGGCUUGAAGAAGGGUGGCGGCCAAUAUCACCAGCAUCCUUCCGUUGUGAUUCCUGAGAUGGUUUUCAGAAUCGAAGAGUCACCGGUGCACGAGUUUCGUGGCCAUUCGAGUGAUGUUCUUGACUUGGCCUGGUCAAGCUCAAAUUUGCUGCUGUCUUCUUCAAAGGACAAAACAGUUAGAUUGUGGCAAGUUGGUUGCAACAAUUGCCUCAAUGUUUUCCACCACCGUAACUAUGUGACGUGUAUCCAAUUCAAUCCUGUGAACGAGAACUACUUCAUCAGCGGAUCAAUCGAUGGGAAAGUUCGAAUAUGGGGGGUGCACGAGGCACGAGUCAUCGAGUGGGCUGAUGUUCGAGAUGCCAUAUCUUCCGUAUGUUACAAACCAGAUGGCAAGGGAUUUGUAGUUGGCUCGAUUCGAGGCAGAUGCCGCUUCUAUGAAGUAUCAGCCAAUGAUCUGCAACUAGAGGCAGAGAUUCGUAUACAAGGAAGAAAGAGAACAUCCGGCAAUAGAAUCACAGGCAUUCAGUUUUCCCAGGAAAAGGCACCAAAAGUUAUGAUCACUUCUGAAGAUUCCAAAGUCAGAAUAUUCGAUGGCUUUGACCUCAUCCACAAGUUUAAAGGGCUCCCAAGGUCAGGGAACCAGAUGUCGGCUUCCUUCACAUCAACAGGGAAACACAUAAUCUCGGUUGGAGAUGACUGUCAAGUCUAUGUCUGGAACUACAAUGACCAAGGCAGCUUCUAUGGUGGUGGUGGUAGCCCUGUCCACUCCAAACACAUCAAAUCCGAACAGUCCUUCGAGCAUUUCUCCUCGCAAGGUGUCUCUGUUGCGGUGCCUUGGCCCGGAAGCAACAAGAGCAGUGGUAGUGAAGUUGGUGAUAGUGGGAGUCAAGGCAGAUUGCUUGGCCAGAAAGGCACCGGCCAUGGUGGUGGUAGGAAGGUUUCCAAAGACAUGGAUAGGUUUUCGCUUGCAAAUUGGCGCAACUUCAUGGAGGGUGGACGUCGGGGGAACUCGUCGUCUGCUGCCACGUGGCCCGAGGAGAGGCUUCCCGGUUGGGACGAUGGUGCGGUGGAUCGGAAACCGAAGUGGUUUGAUGCGCCGGCGACUUGGGGGAUGGUGAUUGUGACUGGAAGUUGGGAUGGGAAGAUUUCCACUUUCAAUAACUAUGGCUUGCCGAUGAUCCUGUGAGACAAUGCUAUGACUUGAGUUGGAAGCAAGGGAGAAAAACAACUUGUAGAUGUUGAAGAUAGAAGAGUGUAAAAGAAAAUCGUGGUUGAUGUGAAUAAUUUAACUUAGUCGAAGCACGAUUAAAGAAAGUGCAUUAGGUUUAGUGUUCCUUUUUCCUUAGAGAAAAUCGUGGUUGAUGUGAAUAAUUUAACUUAGUCGAAACACGAUUAAAAGAAAGUGCAAAGGAAAAUAUAUGCUAAUUCUAUCGUUUGAAAGUUGUG